AAGGACGAUGAACACACAAUUCACACCCAUCCCCUUAUCUUUAUUCUCACAUUUUGCCUUUCAUUUUCUUUGUCCUUUGACUACCGAGAAAGCCACUCGAGGCCACCAGCGAAUAUAAAGCCGGAUUAUCCUUUCUACCUGUCCUUGGUCAACAUCCAUUACCGCAACCUAGACAGAAAUGCCACCCUCUCUUCGAUCAACUGGUAGUACUCCCACAACACCCUCAAAAAAAUCCACACCAGAAGGGAGCUUACCAACGCCAAAAACUACACCGCGUCGCAUUCCCCAUUGUACCAAAUGUGGGCGCCCUCGCGCAGGUCAUCCGCGCUCAGGAUGUCCGUACGCUGAUGAGCCAUCACCAUCUGCUCAGGCCCAGCCCGCCUCAGCCAUUCGAGCGACAUCUGCAUCCUCAGAACCGAUCGAGGAUGCACUACAGUCACUCCAUAUCGAACAGGAGGCACAGACACACGGGAUUUUGAAAACUCCCCAGGAGGGAGGGGAGAAGAAUAAACGUAGAUUGUCUGUCAGGUUCGCUUUGGCACCUGGAGAGACUCUUGCAUCCUUGUCCUCUACGUCUUCUGACAUUGUGGAGCGAUUGCUGCAGCCGGGUAUGAUGGGCGAUGAUUCCAGCGAGGAAGGUGAAACAGAGCAGAGAAACCCUCGUAUUUUGAGGUGGCAGAAAUCUUUGGUCAUCCCACAUGAACCGGCAGUCAAACCCGAUCCUGUGCCUCCUACACUCUCUUCUCGCAUGCCAGGGACACUCAUCUCACCUACUCCAAGUCUGGUAAUUUCAAGCCAAUCGACGGCUUCCGACAUCGAUGCCCGUGUUCACAUCUCUGAUAGUAAAUCAACCGUUUCAACGUUUACAAAAGAUACUGCUUCUCUCACUCCUUCUCCACCUCCUCGUGCCCUUGCCCGUACGAUGAGCGUCGAGGAACGCAAUGCUUUCGUGGGAAAACUUACGCAAGCAUCGACGAUUGCUCCUGCCAUGCUCUUUGGUGUACCCAGAUCCAAUUUGGCGGAAGAACAACAGAACGCUCGUAAAGUUGGAUUCUACUCAGAGGUUCUUCCGAGUGAUCAAGAUGAUCAGGUUUGGUUGAUCCUUGGUAGAGAUGAAAAAGCAGUGGAGUUGCUCGCACGUCGCUUCCAGGAGGAAACCAAACAAGAAAAGAAGAAUGGGGGAAGAUUGAGAGCUGCCGCUGGAGGAGUGAUGAUUGGUGCUGUUGCAACAUGGUCUGGGCUGGCAUUUUCUUGAGAAUACUGUUUACCUUUAAUGUGUCGAUGUUGUUCGUGUGUCUCAGCUUUGCAUUACACAGUCUUAGCCUCCUUGGCCCGACCAUUGUAUUCAUCUUAAUCAUGUUUGUUUUGUAUCAAUAUACCCAACCAACGUGCAAUAUCAGCCUGUUGCAGAAUGAGCU